UAUUAUUUAAAUAAAUACAGCAGUUAAAAUAAAGUUGUGUUAUAUAAAUUUUUUUAUAUAAAUAAACGCCCACAAAAAGUCCAUAUUGUUGGGCUACCAACAUCUAAAAAAAUAUAUCAAGAGUAUUUGUGUUUUUUUACGAUUUAAAAACAAAAAGAGGCGUUUAAAGUGUGAAUUUUAAAUAUAAAUAUGGGAACAGUUGUACAAGUAUGUUUAAAAUCAUAGAAUAUCAAAUAAUAAUUUAUUGUCUUUAAAAUAAAAAAAAAAUUAAAUUAAAUUAAAUUAAAUCAAAAGUUACACAAAGUGACAAAAAAAAGUUGUUUUGUUAAAUGAAAUCUGAUCAUUUUUUUUUUUGGCAAUGCUUUUUCAAAAAUAAAGAGGUGUUAACCUGAUAAUCGGGAAUAAAUUUUUUAUAUAAGCACAUAUACCGUAUAUUUUUUUUAAUUUUUACAUAUCGGAAACACAUGUGUACUCGCCAUUGUUCUGGAUUAAAUAACUAUUAAAUAUUUAGAAAAAUUCGGCCCAAUUUGGAUUAUUAGAAAGCACAUAUUUUGUUUUAUAAGCAGGUUGACAAAAACAACUUUAAUGUUAAAGAAUAAAAGAUUUUUAGAUUGCAAUACUGUUUUCAAGUUUUAUUAUCACUGAAUUGUUCAUAAUGAUGAUUGAAACAUAAAAAAGGAAAGUGCACAUAUGUAUGAAUUUGCCUCCCUGUUUCCCUUAUUCGCAUAUAGAAUUAAAAAUUUUUAAGAAAGAAUUUCCAAUAAAAAUAAACUUAAACAUAACGCAAAAUAAUAAAAUAAAAAAAAAAUCAUGAAAUUUCUAAUAAGAAGUGAAAAAAGAAAAUUUAAUUUUGAUCAAAAAAUCUUUUUUAAUAUUAAUGCAAAAAAAUUAAAAAGGGAAAUUCAAGAAAACGAAAUAAAGAGCACAAAAGAAAGACGCGCAAAUUUCAAAUACAUAACGAAUCUUUAAAAGAUAAAAGGAGUUUUCCGAUUUAUUAAUCAUCUCGAUUUCGUUAAUAUUUUUUUCUUUUUCUAUAGUUUUUUUCCGUUUAAUUUAGACCUAGGAAUAAAUUGACCUAGUAGUAAAAUUAAAAAGAGUUUUUAAAAUUUUAAUAUUUUUUUUAACUUUAGUUGUCAAUUUAUUAAAAUAAGAUAAUUUUUUUUCUGAUUAAAAAAACGUAUUGAUUAAAGAAAUUUAAUUCAAAAAAAUAAAAAAAUAGAAAAAAAAAAACGGAGAUUAAAAGUAUUUGCAAUAAUGUUGAAAAUUCAAAUGUUAGAACAAAUUGUCACAAGUGACUCUGUUGACAAUGAUGAAAAAGAGAAUAAAGCACAACAACUUCAACAGAUUCCUCAACAACAUCAACAUCAUCAGCACCAUCACCAUCAUCAACAGUCACAACAGCAACAUCAGCAGCAGCAACAACAACAACAAUCACAACAUCAUCAGCAAAAUAAAGACCAAAGGCAACCUUUGAGUGGUACAAAUUUUAAAUCAGCUAGUCAAGGAUCGUCGCCACAAAUAGGGCGACAGCAUGCAUCUUCAUGGACUUCAACGACACCCUCACAUCAUAAUCAUCAAUCAUCAAUGAAAAGUGGUGGUAGUUUAGGUGGUAGUACUGUAAAUAGUCCCGAAAGAUUACGUGGUGCAACACAUGAUUUAUUUGAAUUAUUAGAAAGAGUGCAAUGUUCUAGAUUAGAUGACCAAAGAUGUGUCCUUCCUGCAUAUUUCUCACAGACGAGCAGGGAUGAUCGCAUACCCAGUAGUCCAAAUUCACCACAUGAUGUGCAUUUACGUAAUGGUCGACCAAUUUUAAGGCAUUCAUUAUCAACACAAUCAAAUUCAACACCUGCAUCACCGCAAUUAAGUCAUUUAUCGAACGGUCAUCAUUAUCAAUCUCAAUCAUCUGUAUCAUCACAAUCUUCAGUAAUUUCAACAAUACCGACAUCACAGAAACUUUUAGAAGAUGCUUUAUCAAAAUCAGGACCAUAUCAAAUGAUUAUAUUACCAACAACUGGUGGUUAUUGGGUCGAUGGAACGGAUCAUGAAUGUUCAUUUGAUUCUCGUGGAAAUGCAGUAUUACCGACUACAGCAUGGCGGGGUAAAUUUGAAACAGAUGAUACAGCCAAAUGUUACAGACGUUUUUUUCUUGGUCGAGAACAUUCAAAUUUAGUAGGGCACGAUGAUCAGUUGGGUCCAGUUUUAUUAUCAAUAAAAAAUGAAAAUGUUGCUAAUCAAGAACAUAUUCGUAUUUUACUACGAUUACGGACUGGAACAAUGCAUGAAAUAAUACCAGCUUCAUGUUUGUCACCAAAUCCCAGUCCCAUUAAAAUGGCACGACUUCUUAAUGAUCAAUUAAAUGUUGAUAGCUUUAUGCCAGUAUUGUGUCCAAAAGCUUCACAAUUAAUUGCUAGCUACGAUGAACAUGUAUUGGUUUCAAAUUUUAAAUUUGGGGUUUUAUACCAAAGAUUCGGACAGACAACGGAAGAAGAAUUAUUUUCAAAUAAUACAGCAUCACCAGCAUUUGAAGAAUUUUUAGAUUGUUUAGGCCAAAGAAUUAAAUUAAAAGAGCAUAAAGGUUAUCGUGGUGGUUUAGAUAUACAAAACGGUCAUACAGGAGAUACAGCUAUUUAUGAGAUAUUCAAAGAACGGGAAAUAAUGUUUCAUGUUUCAACUAUGUUACCAUAUACCGAAGGUGAUCCACAACAAUUGCAACGUAAAAGGCAUAUUGGAAAUGAUAUUGUGGCUAUAGUUUUUCAAGAGUCGAAUACACCAUUCUCACCGGAUAUGAUUGCAAGUCAUUUUUUGCAUGCAUUCAUCGUAGUACAACCACUCGAACCAAAUACACCGAAUACGAGGUACAAAAUUAGUGUUACGGCACGGGAUGGUGUGCCUUUUUUUGGUCCAACUUUACCAAAUCCUUCUGUAUUUAAAAAAGGACAAGAUUUUAAGGAGUUCAUUUUAACUAAAUUGAUAAAUGCAGAAAAUGCUUGUUAUAAGGCUGAAAAAUUUGCGAAACUUGAAUUAAGGACAAGAACUUCUCUAUUACAAAAUUUAGUUGAAGAAUUGAAAGAGACCACAAGAGAUUUUUUGGGAGCUGAUCUAACAAUGUGCCACAGUAGUGGAGCUAAUGGUGAAGCUGCAAGCCCAACUCCUGAAACUCCAAAGGCUGAAAACACGAACGCAGGAACAAGAUUUAUUGAUACUGUUAAAAAAGCAUUAAUAUCAAGAGUUCGAUCCCAAAGUGUAGAUCAAAGUAAUCCAGUUAAUGGAACAGGUUCAGUGGAAAAAUUGAAUGUUUCAUCAAGUAAAAAGAAAGAAAACAGUUUAUCAGAAACUCCAAAUUUAAAUGCAUUGGGGCGUAGCAAUUCUAAAAAUUCAUCUAAAAAAUCACUAAAUGAAUCAGCAUCAUCAUCACCUGACAUCACAUCUAGAGGACCGAUUAGCACCAGUAAUAACAAUAAUAAUAUAAAUAAUAAUAAUAACAACAACAAUAACAAUGUUGUGACAAAUUCCAAAGAAUCACACAAUAUGAAUAAUAAUGGAGUUACAGCUACAAUGUCAGAAACAAGUGAUAAUUCUAGCUUGAAUAGUGUUGAUUUAGAACCAAUCGAUCAUGUUGAUGCCGGAGCUGCGUAUAUAGAUAGUGAUACUGGUUUAGAAUCAAUGUCAUCAGCCGAGGCAACAACAAAAGCAUGUUCAUUAUGUUUAGAUGGUAAUGGCCCUUCUGGAGCACAAAGUGUACUGGGCAGCUCACCAAAUGAUGUAGCAACACAAGUUGAUAGUUUAAGACAAGAAGUUACACGCUUAAAAUGCGAUAAAUUAGAUUUAUUAAGACAAAAUGUGACCUGCCAACGGGAUAUCAAACGGUUACGAGAAAGAGAAUUAUCAUUACAGGGUGACUUAGCAGCUGCUGGUAAAGAAAUUUUAAGAUUAAGAGACCUUCUUAAAGAAUAUAUGCCUGAAUCAGAAGUAACGGGACCGAUUUCACCAAUAUAAAUUAAAAAAAUUAUUUAGUUAAGAGAGGUAAAUUUUGUAUUAGAAGAAAAGUGGAAGUUUAAUAAUUAAAUUUAUUCAAAAACAAAAUUUCUAUAUUUUUAUGUUAAAGCGAAAGCAAAAAAAAUUUCAUACAAACAAAAAAAGAAGAAUUUUGUUAUUAAUAGAAUAUUAAAAAUUUCUGAAUCUGCAGCCUAAAAUUAUCUUAUACUUAAAAGUUAAGUAUGUACACAUAUUUAUUAUGUAUAUACAGAAUGUAUAUCAAUAAUACAUUUACAAUAAGAAUUAAAAAUAUAACAGAAAUGUCAUACUAAAAACAAACAACUU